AUGGCCAAGAGUCGGGUUCUGGUUGUAGGUAUGGGUGGGAUCGGUACCGUCUGCGCCUAUGGCUUGGAAAUUGGCGGUUUGGCAGAAGUUACUUCCGUAAUGAGAUCCAAUUAUGCAGCUGCGACAGAAAAGGGGAUUGACAUUGAAUCUGUGGACUUUGGUCAUGUCAAGUCCUGGAAACCAACCCAUAUUAUAAGAAGUGUCCCCGAUGUUUCCGCUCAAGCGCUUGCUCCAUUUGAUUUCAUCCUAGUCGCUACAAAGAACGUUCCGGAUGUCCCUCCAUCAAUAGUUGAUAUUGUCUCUCCAGCUGUGACAGUGGGCACAACUGCCAUCGUCUUGGCUCAGAACGGCCUUAAUAUUGAAAGGCCAUUCAUCGAUCGCUUCCCUACCAAUCCCAUUCUUAGUAGUGUUGUUUACACAGGGGCGGAGGAGAGAGCCCCUGCGGACAUUCAUCACACCGAUCCUGAUUGGCAAAAGAUCGGUCCCUAUUAUAGCCCGCAAGUCUCAGCAGCAACUGUCGAGAGGUCGGCGAAGGAAUUCGUCAACAUCCUGGACCCAAAAGGUGAAAGGAAGAUUUUCUACGACGCAGAUGUAUCUGGGGCCCGAUGGCGCAAGCUGGCCUACAACGCUUCCUUCAAUUCGGUAGCUGCCGCUCUCCAGAUAGACACUUCGAGGCUUCGGAUGAGCCAACACCUCAUCGAUGACCUGGUGCUCCCUAUCAUUCUCGAGAUCCAAGCUGCAGCUGCAUCGUGUGGCGUCAUACUACAGUCAGAUUUGGUUCAUUCGGUGAUGCAGCAAGAUGAGGCCGAUUCGUUCUACAGGCCGAGUAUGAUGCAGGAUGUUGUCAACAGAAACUUCAUGGAGAUUGAGACGAUUGUUGGAGAACCACUGCGGGAAGGGAAAAUGCAUGGCAUCGCGAUGCCUACUCUGAGCGUCGUCUAUGGAAUUCUGAGGGGUUUACAGCUGCGCAUCAAGGAAGAGAAGGGCUUAUGGCAGCCCAAAUACGAACCCGGCAAUCCUUACAUGUGA